AUGAAUCUAGUGGUAGAUUUUGUCUUCAAUGAAUUUGAUAAUAAUCUUCGUAUGGCAUUGAACAAGGUUUUGGAAAUUGAAGUUUCUGAUGAUUCAGAAACGACAACAACAGGAGGUGAAGAAGAUUUUAGUUUACAGAACAAACCAACUACUGAUUUCUCUAUUUCUAAUGGUGGUGAUUAUUUAAUUAAUCAUCACAUUGAACAAUCCAAUCAUAAACGUUUAGCUGAAACCCAAGCAAAAGAACAUUCACGAUCAAUACACGAUUGUAUUCCAGCAUCAUCAACGCUAACUAAAUUGACUGCAGCUGAACUUAGUCUUGUUUAUCAUGGAGUUAGCCAUGGCUAUAGUUAUUUAAGUCAAUCGUGUACAGUUGAUCUUCUUAAGAAGAUUUUUAAUGAUUCUCAAAUUGGACAAAACAUCACUUGUGGUAAAACAAAAGCACGAGAAUUGUCAAGAAAUACGCCAGCACUCGGAUUUUGGUCUGGGUCUUGA